GUUGUUCUGUGUCUGCGGCGUCAGCUUCGCCUGAUGUACACCCCUUCCCUUGUAGCUUCCGCGACGAUGCUGACCUUGCGGAGCGGGCUCUUGGCGAUCUGGAGGUACUCUUUGAUCGGGGUUACCUUGGCCAACAGCUGUCCGUACGCGCAGAAUUAUUCCCUCCGGGACAUCCUCCGGGACAGGCAGGAAAGUGGCCCGAACGGCACCACUACCCCCAUGGCCCAGCAGGGGAUGAUGCUUUGAGGAGGGACCGCGACAUACAUGUUGCGAGGACUCAAGCUAUCAAAGGCGAAAAGAAGGCGGCUGCG